AUGAUUCAGAAUAUUGAGAAGACAGCUCUGCUCUCUGAGCAUGUCAAUCUGCUUACUGCUGAGAUGGAACCUGAGACAGUAGACCAGAAAAUGCGGGAUUUUGAAGUGCAGGUUGACCUGACUGAGAAGGAGCAGCAGGAACUCUUCUCUGAGAAAGCAGUGAAGAGAGAUUUUGAGAUGAUUAUCAUCUCAGAUGAGGAGGAGAAGAAGAAGAAGAAGAAGAAGAAGAAGAAGAAUGAGAAGUGA